GAGGAUAAAAGCAAGCAACAAAUCAUCAAUAAUGCUGCAAGAAAAUCACGCAAAUGGCCAUUACUUGUGGUUGAGAAGUAUGCGUGCUCUCUUUUUAUGAAUAUUUUAAAUCCCUAUGGGCCUUAAUAUAUCAGCUCAUGAUGAUAUAUUCUUCAUCGUCUAUAUAUGAUAAGCUUUACCCACCAUUAAUUGGAGCAAGCAACCACUCUCUCGUCAUGUCCAGUUUCCUGUUUCUUUCUGCCUUUUGCAGAUUCAGUACUUCCUUAUCUUCUACCUAAUGCCCAGUUCUUGAUUCAUCGAUCAUUAAUUUGUUGGUUGAUUUCUUGUUGAAAUUUAUCAGUGCAAGAUAUGAGCAACACUAUGAGGCCAAGGAUGAAAUUCGUGUUUCAUUUGGUUUACGACAGGGGUUAAAACAAGCCCCAAUUUGCCAAUAAUCUUCUGGUCGAAGUCUUCGCUUGUAGACCUCUUUGAUCUUUAUAUUAAUAUAUAUCAUCUAUAUUUACAGAAGUUUUCCUUGUUCUUUGUUCCUGCUUUUGUUGGGGGCAUAGUGUUUGAUAAAAAACAAUGGAAGUGGGCAUCAACGGUAAGACAAAGAAAGGGCUGAUCAUCAAGACAUGGGAGCGAUGCAGAUCCAUUGGACGCCACAGCGGCAAGAGUGCUUCGUCAAGACUCAUCCGACGAGCUCUGAUGCUGAAAAGCCGAUCGUGGUCCGGCUUCCGUCCCUCGGAAGACGGCGAAAAGCGAGCCAGGAGGCGGCAAGUGGUGCCGGAAGGUUGCUUCUCGGUGUACGUUGGACCCCAGAAGCAAAGAUUCGUGAUAAAGACGGAGUACGCCAACCAUCCUCUCUUCAAGAUGCUGCUCGAAGAAGCUGAGUUAGAAUAUGGGUACAAUAGUUCAGGCCCUCUUGCAUUGCCAUGCAACGUGGAUGUUUUCUAUAAGGUCUUACUGGAAAUGGACUCGGACACAUCGGCUCGUCAAGGAUGUAGCUUUGCUAAGGGCCACAGCUCCUAUCGUCUUCUCCCUCCGUCUCCUUUGGCUGAUCUGAAUAAUUUCUAAUCGAGUGGAUUGUAAUUAAUUAUUAUAUGGUAAUCAAGUUAGUGUGUUUCCUUGGGGCUUGAGGCACAUGGGAUCUAGGGCAGCUUCUACUCCAGUGAACACUUUCAUCUUUGCCUCUAAUGUCCUUUCUUGGGGUCUCCUUUUGAUUUGUAUUUCUCAGCCACUACCCAGUUUGUAUAGAGCCACCAGUGGGAAGUGAACCCAUUUGGCUUACCCUCGCCAGCGGCAAAUCAAUCUUUUGCCCCAACAUGGAAGAGAAGUUGCCAUUUUAGCUGCUUUUUUUUUUUUUUUUUUGCUGCUUGACAGUUUGUGCUUUGGCUUUGGGUUAGUUGUGUUAUCAUCUUUUGUUUUGUCUCCUGGAGCAAGCAUUGGUGUUUUGGUUGCCUCUGUUUUGUAAUGUGCACCAGUGUUUCCGGUGGGGAAUUGAAAUUUGUUUUUCCUUUCAAUUUACAUAUGUAAAAUUUAAAAUUAAUUAUUAGCUUUAUGGUUUGUCCCCUCUUAC